AUGAGCAGACUGAGAGCUGUGGUGGUGUCACUGUCAUCAUUAUUGUUGUCAUCAUCUCUGUGGCGCUGUGAGGACUCCUGGCUCAGGCCCUUUGCUCGAUCUCUGCUGAGGUUCCUGGGCUUCCUCUUCUGGGGUGCUGCUGCAGCUCUGGCCUUCAGUGGAAUUUUUGUCAUCCUGAUGUACAAGAACUACAGAUAUUUAUUUCAGGAGUCUUUCUUGUCUCUCCCUGGCUGGUUGGCUGUUGCAGCUGCACUUAUCUUGCUACCUACUGGACUUUUGGCUGUCUCUAUUGCUGCUAAGGGCUCCCGCUAUCAGCAAGGGGCUCUCAUGUACUUGCUGUUGGUCCUUCUUUGCCUAGAAAUGUCUUCAGCAGUUCUGGCACAGCUCUACUCUAUUCGGAUGGCUUCUGAGCUGAAAAGCACUAUGGGUUACCUUGUCUAUCAGUACAAUGGGACAGACUCCCAGGGUCCUGACAGCAGGGCUGUGGAUGCAGUACAGAGGAAGCUGCAGUGCUGUGGGAUCCAAAACUACACUGACUGGCUAAAGGCAACAGCUGCUUCCUGGCAUCUUCCAGCUGAAAAAGCUUGGGUCCCUGAAAGCUGCUGUAAGGAGAAGUAUUCUCACUGUGGGGGUGACUUAGGCCAUCUGGAGCAGCUUUUUCAGGAAGGCUGUCUAAAGAAGCUUGAAGACUGGUUGCAUUUUGUCAUGCUUUACAUAUUUUCAUGCUGUAUUGUGCUAAGUGUCUUGGAGCUGUUGGCUGGUGUCAGCAAUGGCAUCCUCAUGAGGCAUCAACCUUUCCAUGACCUCCGAAUUCUGGACUCAUCUACCUUCUCAUAG